AAUAAUAGAAAUAAAUCGUGGAAGGAAAUUGAUGGUGGUUUUUUUUUUUUUUUUUUUUUUAUAACAAUUGUGAUCAUCGGUUGUGUUCAGAUUGUAGAUGUUAAUAGGACAAAAUAAAAGAAAUUUGAAAAUAUUUAACAGAUGAAAUGAGAUAUUGUUUUGUUAGUAUUUCGAUUAAAAAAAUGAGAGUGAGUGAGAGUGUGUGUGUGUGUGUGUGUUAGAGAGAGAAAAAAAAGAAUCAAAACAGCAGAUUUGUUCCAUGGAAUUGAUAACGAUCGUGUUUAUUUUAAUUGUUAUUAAUAAAAUGAGUAUAUGCAUCAAGAUGACGAAUAGAAAUAAGGAAAAUAAAGAAGAUACAAAUACCAAGGAAGAACAACAACAACAACAGAGAAAAGAAUAAUAAUUUCUUUAACCGAAAUUAAAUUGGCAAGGUAUCUAACAUAAAAUAUGCUUUGUAGCGUGACAAAAAAUAAAGAAGAAAAUUCGUUUGAAUUAUUAAAAUUAAUUAUAAAAUUUGAUCAGAAAUUAAAAGAUAAAAGAAAUUUUGUAAAACCGGCCAAAGAAUGAAGAAAAGAUUGAUCUUAGGUUUCGUAUGUGCCGUAUUACUAUUCAUCAUAAUGACAUCUAACGAUAAUACAAUCGUUCAAAAGAUUACAGAUUUUAUUGUAACAGACAGCAAUGACGUUUCGUGUUACGAAGUCUCAACCACUUAUGGUUUCCCACACUUGGAAUCUGAUUCUCAGAAACCUAUCCUAGAUAAGAACAUAUUUUUCCACGAGACAUCGUGUUUCGGUGAAAAGGGAAUAAUAUUGAAUCCACGACAAGCAUGUGCAGUGGAAUCAGCUGCUAUAAUGAAUCCAGGAACUACGAUAUAUCUUUUAUUUAUUAGCCCGUCACCUAUAUCUGUGGAAACUAAAGAAAUCGUCAAAUUAUUGUCGAGUUAUCCUAAUGUCAAAAUACGUAGAAUAUAUCCUGAAACGUAUACCAAGGAAACACCAUUGGAAGAUUGGUACAAAAGUGGUGUACUUAUGAAAAGUAAAUGGAGACGUAGUCAUAUGUCAGAUGUAUUAAGAUAUUUGACACUUUGGAAAUAUGGAGGAAUAUAUCUCGACUUGGACGUUGUUGUUAUGACGUCAUUGGAAAAUUUAACCAAUUUUGCUGGUGCCGAGGAUUGGGACGAUGUUGCAGCCGGUGUUAUGGGUUUCAGUUCUAACGAUCUUGGUCGUCGUAUGGCAGAAGCUUGUCUUCGUGAUUUGAAAAAAAAUUUUCGCGGUAACGAUUGGGGUAAUAACGGGCCUGGCGUUAUAACUAGGACAUUGCAAAAAAUUUGUUCUACCAAAUACACUCAAGACAUGUCAGUGUCACGUUGCCACGGUUUCAAAGUAUUUCCACCCUCGACAUUUUAUCCGAUUCAUUACAAGAAAUGGAAGAAAUAUUUUGAAAAGGAUAAAAAUAAUUCGACGAUGAAAUUAUUGGAACAAGCGAAGGCCAUACACGUUUGGAAUAAAUUAAGCAAAUCUACGAAAGUUCAACUAAACGAUGACGUACCUUACUCAAUUAUUGCACGUAAAUAUUGUCCCAAAGUUUCAUCGAAUUGCGGUGAUCAUUUUUAAACCCGAAAACAAA